CAGACCUUUUAACAAAAGUUUCAAUGCUUUUCUUUCAUUAUAAUUUCAUUCGGAGCGAUGACCUCUAAAGGAAGCGGGACAAUGGAGGUGGCGGCGCUCGGACGGCCUUUCAGCCUCGGGAUGUUGUACGACUGCCGCAACGACUCUCUCGUCCCUGGAAUCACUUUGUGGGACUGUGAUGACCUUAACAAUCAUAUUAGAGAAAGACCACAGCAUUAUAAUGAUUGUGAUAUAGUUGCAUCUGAAUCAAUUGAGGACAAAUCUUCAGCACUAAAUGUUGAAGCAUCACUGAAGGCAAGUUUCUUGGGUGGACUGGUAAAGGUUGGUGGAUCAGCCAAAUACCUGAACGAUAGCAAGACUUCCAAAGAUCAUGUUAGAGUAACACUGAAUUACCAAGCUACCACAAAGUUCCAAGAACUGUCCAUGAAUCAUCUUGGGGAUGUUAAGAAACAUCAGUUUGUGUUUGAGAAAGGAAUAGCAACACAUGUAGUCACAGGUAUCCUUUAUGGGGCACAAGCCUUCUUUGUCUUUGACCGUGAGGUGUCUGUCAACGAGAACCAUCGAGACAUUCAGGGCAACUUGAAGGUGAUGAUCAAGAACAUUAGCUCCCUUUCAAUAGAUGGUAAAGGCUCGCUGAAAAUGGAAGACAAGGACAAAGCAAAUGUUGAGAAAUUCUCCUGCAGAUUCUUUGGAGACUUUUUGAUUCAGAAACCUCCGACAUCCUUUCAGGAGGCAGUAGAGGUGUACCAAAGUCUGCCAAAGCUGCUGGGAGCCAACAGGGAAAACGCAGUACCAGUGAAGCUGUUGCCUCUGACAUGUUUAGAUUCUACUGCCGCUAAACUUGUCCGUCAGAUAAGUAUAGGAUUAGUUGAAGAAUGUCAGAGUGUCCUGGAGGACUUCAGUGACCUGGAGAUGAGGUUCAAUGAUGCACUGAGAACCCAAACUGCACAGCAGUUCCCACAGAUUGGAGAAAAACUCAAAACCUUUAAACAGAAGUGCUCUCAGUUCAAACUGGAAUUCCAACGAACCCUGGCAAAGAAACUUCCAUCAAUCCGAGGAGUAGGAGAAGAAGAAGCUGUGCUCGCAGAGGAACUGAGGAAGACAUGUUCUUCUCCUUUCAACAGCAAGGACCUGAACGAGUGGAUGGACUGUAUGGAGAGAGAAAUCUACACCGUGAUGUCUCUGACCGACAUGAUGACAAACACCAAGAUCAUCUCAUCUCAAACAGACCUGGACAAAGAAAGCUUCAAAGCAGAGCAGGCUGUGUGUUUUGUCUUCACCUCGCUGGGAAGAGAUGAACCGUACCUCUCAACUUUAUCAAACUACCUUAAACAAACACCCAAACCAGAUGAUGCCCAAGAUCCACACCCUCCAGAUCAAUGGUACAACUCAAGAGAAGAAUGGGGAGCAAUGCGGCAUAAAGCAAAGCUCUUCAGUGAUUUUGCAGAGGCCAAAAAGGAGAACAAGAACAUCACAUUUCUGACGGUGGGUUUAACAAACGAGACACAGAAAGGUGCCAGCAUCUACCUUUAUACAGACGGCCUUUCUGUCAAUGAGAACUUUGAGCCGCCUUCAAAGCCUGCAACAGUAACAGGAAGUGAUAUAAACCACAGCAGUGUGACGCUGAACAUUUCUCCACCCAGAUUUGGAGCAGAGGACAUCACCUCCUACUCUGUUGAGUACUGUGUCAGAGGAGAGGACGACUGGAAACAAGAGACAGCAUCCAGAGCUGAAUAAGUCACAGUGAGCG